UUUGCUCGCGUGUAUAAGUCGUUGGGUGGUUGGCGGUUAAUCGAUAUACAGGUGUAAUGCCAUGGGGUCACUACACAGACUGUACGUAUUUACUAAGUUACACUCGUUUCAGCUGGCCGCCGAUAAAAUACGUCUACAGUUAGAGCAAAUAACGCAUGGGAUUUCAGUGGAACACUAUCAAAGCGGUGAUUAUGCCGAUAUCAGUACAGGUACCGACGGUGGUACCGUCGUGACUGCGGUGAUCGUCAUCGACGCCAGGCAGACCCGGGCAUUGAUAACACCUUCACAGAGGGAUCACAACGUUGAUCACUGGGAUGAACUGAGCAUGCUAAUGGCUAAGGUCACACGGCCCAAAGGUUCCUUUCUGAUUGUGAUUUACGGUGAUGAAGAGUCAAGAAAUCUUGCUGAACUGGUGUCGAAAGACUGGCUUACGACGUGGGAGUACAGCGACGAGAAUACACUAUGCUUGGCUGCGAAGGGACGUGUUUUUACUGUCUGGGAAACUUUUAACGACAGUCAAAAGACGGCAAUAUUGAACUACCUGGAUCGUGUACCAUUUGUGUCGUCAUUAGAUGGUGUUCGAAAUGUGUUGGUUCUCGGGUGCACUGGUGAUUCUGACGUGACUCGGUAUAUCGAGGAUAACCCCUUACUUAAGAAAUGUGAACUUGAUGCGGACCAUGUUUGUGCAGAUAUCAAUAUGUUUACUAGUUUUGAUUAUGAUAUGAAACCCGGAGUGCGUGCGAACGAGGCUACAAUUACUCUGUUUCAAGUGUGCCCGGAGUAUCCGAUUCAAGUCUGUGAACGUCUGGACAUUGAGCGUACAAUAGCAGAUGAUUUGCUUCGACUGAUUGAGAAAACUACGAACCCAAGAUUUAGACACGUGUUUGACAGUGUUAUUAUUAAUUGUCAUUGCAGUGAUUGUUUUAACACAAUCAUUGACUCACUGGGGGACAUAACGAUCAAAAUAAGGAAACAAUUAGGUGAAACCGGAUCCACGUUACAGGGGACCAUAUUUCCAGUCGUUCUUGGGCAACACGCUGGAUCGAUUAGAGAACACCUCGCACGGAAUAUCAAUGAAAACCAGCCGUGGGGGAUUCUCCCCUCAGAGAAUUCUCGUAAUUUCUCGCAUCUUACAGAUGUCGAUGUUCUCAAAUUAUAUAUUUGGAAUGCUAUACAAUCAACAAAAUCGCCGCUGCGUUCUCCCACUGAUGGUUUUGCGAGGAAGGUUGUACAUUCUUAA